ACAAAACGCCCUCAAAUCAUGAGUGGUGGCAACAAUUGGAGAUCAUUAUCUACCAGCUCUAACCUUUGAAUUACUCAACUCCAGAAAUAUGAUAGUUAUCAAGUGUAGUUGAGUAUUUACUGUCAAAAUGUCCACCCGAUAUUUGCGUAAAGUCUACGGGGAGGCUGUAACUUCCAAGGACAAUGACGAAGACGGAAGAGACAAUGAACUUCCAAUCGUUAGCGAUAAACAACCGAAACACUUCAAUAUGUUCAAUUUGCUGAAUGGCGACUCCGAUAGUGACGCUAAAGAAGAAGAUGGAGAGAAUCUCAAUUCAGAUCCCACGCCAGAGUCGCCGACGCCGAGUCCAGUGAAACCAAAAAAAAAGAGGAAGAAGAAGAAGAAAGAUAAAUCAAAAUCCGAGGAGCCUCCAAGAGGAGAGGACUCCCAAGACGAGGCAGACGAAAUCGAGCGAAGUGUACGUGAAGUUAACAAGCUCCUUGGAGAGCCUGUCGCAGGUUUCAGCAAAUCUGAUCACAAGCCGGUGGAAAAGACAAGAGAUAAUAUCAUGGCGAUUGAGUAUAAGUAUCUGAACCCCCAGAACGAAUUAAAACGACUCUGUGGCAGUAAAAUUUUGCCAGGCGACCAGAAUAAGUCUAAAGGACGAGGUAGAACGAGUCACCUUCGUAAAACAUGGCUGACAACGAUCUCCGAAUGGUUCCCAAUGAGCACAGCUGGCCUCUCAAUGACCCUUGACGAAAGAACGGAAUCGACCAAUGGUUUUCAAUACUUCAUGUUUGUUCACAGUCCGGCAUACAGACAGGUUCAGGAGAAAUUUCUCCUGGCAGUGGAGAAUCCAAAUCCCGAAGUUAUCGUUAAUAUUAUCAAUGCAAAUCCCUGUCACGUAGAUUCCCUUCUACAAUUCUCUGAUGUCUGCAAGUUCAACGAGGAUCUGCAGAUGGCUGCCGAAUUGGUUCAAAGAGCAGUGCACUGUUUGGAAUGUGCUUUUCACCCACUUUUCAACCUGACAACUGGCAAGUGCAGAUUAAAUUAUAAAAUGCAGACGAAUCGAUCCCUCUUUCUCGCUUUGUUCAAGUACCUUACGUUCAUUGGGGGUCGAGCUUGUUACAGAACUAGCCUAGAACUUGCCAAAGUACUUCUGUCCCUGGAUCCCGUUGGUGAUCCAACAGCAGUGGUUCUCUGCAUCGAUCUUUACGCCUUGAGAGCAAGGGAGUACGAAUGGUUCAUUGACUUUUGUAAUCUUUGGAACGCCGAGAGGAAUCUUACCCAACUGCCUAAUAUUGCCUACAGCCUAGCCCUAGCUUAUUAUCGUAUUGGUGAUAAACGUGCGGAUAAAAUGCUGCAGGAGGCCCUCUUCAUGUUUCCAGGAGUCCUUCUCAAUUUGCUCGACAAAUGCGGAGUAUCCACUGACACGAGAGUUUUGGGUCAUGAUUAUUUUGGAAGCCGAGCAAAAAGCUCGACCAGUGCUGCUUUGGAAAAACUCCAGACUCUUUACGUCGCUCGUGUUUUUCAUCUCUGGAAAGAUACAGAUGUUCUACCUUGGUUGGAGAGUAAUGUCACUGCUGUUAUGGAUGCAAUCGAUGCUGGGGAUGAGUAUGCCAACUUCUGUGAGAGCAAAAGAAGCAUGAGGUAUCAGGGACAACCUCCAAGGAAUAUCUUGAGGCACAUCGCGCUUUUAGAUCUAAAGGAAGUGCCUAUUAUUCAGAACCUUCAUCAGGUGCAAGCUCAUGUCUUCUCGCAUGAUCCCUAUCCACCUCAGGAUUCCAUUGACAUUUACACCAGGGCUGAAACCAGGAGGCUGACUGGUCCGGCUGGAACGAGCAAUGGAAAUACCAAUUUAUUUACUUUAUUUGUUUCUUCAUUAUUCAGUGAUCUGGAGAGACAUGUUGCUAAUCCUGAAGCUCAGGUGAAUCAGGAAGCCGAAAGAGAUCCUCGACAAGAGUUUGAUUAAUUUGCUUUUUUAUUAUAGAUAAUUAUUGAUCAGGACGUCCCAUGAUGAAAGCAUAAUAGAAAGAAAUUUGGAAUUUUUUAAAUUUCAUUUUUAAAUAUUUUUAGAUUUUUUAAUUUGAUGCAUAAUAUUUUCAGGGAAUAAGAGCGAUAUCAAUCAUGUUGUGUAAAUAAUGAACAUACGAGGAUGUAAAUGGUUAUUGUAGUUUUUGAGAAUAAAUCAAACAAUCAUGGAAAACUA